UCUUUACCCCAUUAUUUCUCGGUGCUGAAUUACAUGUUCUGAUCAUGAAGCCACCGAAUCGCUUGAUUCGACAGCAGAAUAAGUUACCACCUUCAAUUGCUUUAAUUCGCUUUCUUGUGGUGAAGCAGUCGCGAAGUCGAAUUGCUCCAUCGUAUUUUGUUGUCUCUUCAUAG